AAAAUAUAAAAAAUUACAUUCAGCUGACUCACCAAUCAAUUGAAGUAAAAGUUCAGCUGAAAUGUGUUUACACUUGACAUUCACAAAAAAAUACAAAAUUCAAAACUGGUAGCCCUACAUUAUUUAUUAACAAACAAAACACAGGCCUAGAACUUCCCACAGCAGGAUAAGGGUAUGACACCGGUGGGUUUAAAUGAAGAAGGAGGGCAUUAAUUCAUUUACAGGAUCGUGGCAUGUCUUUGAUAGGAUGGUCUGGGAAGGUUUUUAUAUCACCGGUGAAAAGCACUUUGAUUGGAGAGAGAGUGUCGGAUCGGAUUGAGCAGGGAGAAUGUGUUUUUCAAAAUGUGGUAAAGAACCUUACACCUAAAUGGUCCGAAUGUCUGGUUGGGAACCGAGAAGAACGCAGUGCAGAGAAGACAAAAUGGCAGACUGUCGUAGAAGAGUACACCAAGCAAAUCAAGCUGUUCCUAUCCGACCAUACGCUCGACGAUCCCAAGCCCCUCCAACUUAUGAGGAUGGGGCACAGAACGACAUUGCGCCAUUUUGCCAAAUUAUCUGAAAAGUACAGCAAGCCAAAAUUCAAGGUGGAAAAUGCAAUUAAGAAAAGCAAGUACGCAAAAAAAAGAUGGGCUAAACUGCCGGUCGGUUAUAUCAAGUUAGUGGAGCCUUUAAGAAACAUCCGAGUUACCGCUUCUAAAGUAUGGGUGACUGAGGGAAAAGCCGUUCAACGGUACGUGCCGUGUGCUUCAAAACUGCUUGGCGAAAGUCUGAGGUUCAACCCACUCAAAAUAAGCCAGCACUGUUACCAUCCCAACGGUGGUAAUGGGAGGAACCCAGACCCUGCCCGGGAACUCCCUAAGCUUCUGUACAUACAAAACCCGAUCGUGUGGGCCUCGAAUAAGCUUGAUUUCAGGUACUUGAGAACUUCAUGGGACCCUCAGUUUACCGAACAUGAUUUUACGAAGGGAGCCCGUCAGGCAGUAUCAAGAAUCACCCAGUUAGUAAGCAAGAAUAUGUUUGACGCACUCAAACCUCUCCUCACAAAAAAUGCAAUGUUAAACUUAAGGCGUGAUGUUGAAAUCUUGUGGGCUGAUGAAGUCAGAAGAAACAUAGGGCUUGAACCUGAAGAUGUGCAGUUGAUUAUACCAAGAAAGCUGCAUUUCAGGUCAAACGGAGAAAAGAAAUUCUGUGAUAUUGAUGUAGUCUUCAUUGGGCUAAAGUUCCUAGAAACCAGGAACCAAAAUCCACCGCUGGCCUUUAUAGAUAUUAUUGCAAGGUUUCACAGAAAUUACACGGAAGGUACAACUCCGGAUUGGACUAUUUCAGCUUUCAAGGUACGCAGGUUCAACAUUCUGCCUCCUAAAUAGGAUUGUUUUGUUCUAAGUUCAGUCAAAACAUUAAAUCAAAUUUUAUGAUUUAUUAAAUAAAUUUUUAAAAAUUUAAA